CACGGUGUUGUGGCGUCAUGAUCGACAAGCUGAUGUUUGCUGAUACUCGGUGUGACAAAUUGUGAAGAUUUGUCGAAUUUGUUGAAGAAAAAGCAGCCGCAAGCUAUCCGAAGGUUAUGUGAAGAGUCAAAUCAUAACCCAACACCGAAAGGCGAAAAAACGGUUGCACAACCACGCACUUUUUAUGCUGAUAUAAAACUAUGCGUGGAAUUAUCAACGAUGACGUGCGGAGAGGUAAAAUAGCUUUAAUGCGCAGCGCAAGUCUUUCCGACGAUACAACUUACUAUCUCUAAUGUACGACUGACUGAGACAUUUACCUAACUUCUGAAUUUGAUGGAAAUGUAACAAAAUUCGCAGAACCUUUAGAACCAUUUUAGCAACGGCGAACUAUAACUAAGUCCGUGAAAAUUAGGCGAUUUUAUUUCCUUGCUGAUUUCUUGAGAAGCGCGAAGUCGGCUGUGUUCCCAGGAACUGAUAGGUUGCAGUCUGCACGGAAGCGCCGGUCGCCGUGGUAACGAGUCUUCGUGAGGACUUGUUCAAUCUCACUUUUGGACCACCGCCGCCGACGGUAAACCCAGCUAAUGUGCUAACAUGCUAACGCGCGCUGAUGACUUGACGGGCUGACGAAAGAUUGAAAAUUGCCGUGAUAAGCGACCGAAAGUUUACCAGAGAAGCGCGUGCGUGAUGGGAAGUUGAGGACAGAGAUUACAACUUGUUGACGGAGCGGCUAGCUUCGCAUUUAGCCUGCAAGUCGACAAGUUGAGCGUCCAGCAUUUUGACGGACCCACAUGACCUACACCACCCACAGCCCGGUUCUGUCCGCCUUGUUUGGCGUGACGGACGCCGAUGCCGAACCACCGGGAGUCGCAGAGUUGAUCAAAGAUGAGGUGGAUCGGGCCUCCCAGCAGAUCGUUGCCAUAGUAACCGCACGUGCGAGCACUACACUUUUGUCAAUCUUAAUUUCUGGCAAACGGGGAGUCGGAAAUAUGGAAGGACUGCCUUGGCGGUCAUUGCUGACUCCCUGAUCGCGCGCUUGAGGAACUAUCCAGAGCGUCUGUAUUUCGCCACACUACAAAGCAAACCCAAAAGCACGGCCAACACGCACUACUUCUGCACAGAUGAGGAGUUUGUCUACGAAAAUUUUUAUGCAGACUUUGGUCCUCUCAACUUGGCCAUGUUGUACCGGUACUGCUGCAAGCUCAACAACAAGCUCAAGUCCUUCACGCUGAGCCGUAAGCGAAUCGUGCACUACAGUAGCUUCGACCAGAGAAAACGCUCCAACGCUGCCGUGCUCAUCGGCGCAUAUGCGGUGAUCUACUUGAAGAAAACUCCGGAAGAGGCUUACAGAGCUCUGGUGUCGGGAUCCAACGCCGCCUACCUGCCCUUCAGGGACGCGUCGUUUGGGAAAUGCACCUUCAACUUGAGCAUUCUGGACUGUUUGCUGGGCAUCUGCAAGGCUCUCCAACAUGGGUUCUUUGACUUUGAGACCUUCGAUGUGGACGAAUACGAGCAUUACGAGCGCGUGGAGAACGGAGACCUGAACUGGAUUGUUCCUGGAAAACUUCUGGCCUUCAGUGGACCACAUGCCAAAAACAAAAUGGAGAACGGCCCGGAACCUGCAGGCUACCAGUUCCACGCGCCUGAGUCAUACUUCCCGUACUUCCGGUCGCGUGGUGUGGUGGCGGUGGUGCGUCUGAACAAGAAGAUCUAUGAGGCGGCCCGCUUCACCGAUGGCGGCUUCCGUCACUGGGACCUGUUCUUCCUGGAUGGGAGCACGCCUGGUCAUGACAUCACGCGGCGCUUCCUCGCGUUGUGCGACGCCACGCCCGGUGCACUGGCUGUGCAUUGCAAAGCCGGCCUGGGCAGGACGGGCACGCUGAUCGGCUGCUAUCUGAUGAAGCACUACCGCUUCAGCGCCGCCGAAGCCAUCGCUUGGAUCCGCAUCUGCAGGCCCGGCUCCGUCAUUGGACCUCAGCAGCACUUCCUGGAAGAGAACCAGGCGUGGCUUUGGUUGCUCGGAAACCACCAUCGCAUCACCAAGGCCGCUGAAGACGAGGACCAUCUCGGCGACCUGGCAUCCGGGGUGAAGGUCCUGGCCUUAAACGACGUCGAGCAACUUUCCCUCGGCGAUGACUGUCUGCGCCAGGUACACAAAGGUGCACGCCAACACGCGCGCACAGAUACACGCCUUUGUGUUGUGUCGCCGAAGGGGAACGCCAGUGAGCGGUCGCCUCCGACUCAGGGAGACAAACUGCGAGCUCUUAAAGGUCGCCGCCUCUUCCGGCCCGCCGCCGCCGCCUCUUCUUCGGCUUUGAGGGUAGAGCAGCGUGGCAACACGCCCACAAGGCCUAUCAGACUGCGGGUGGGUGCUGAAGGUGGCACCGCCCCCUCCCUGCUGAAGUCCUUCAAGUCGUCGGCGUCCUCUGCGAGGAUCGCUCGCACCUCCUCUUCAUCGACGAGCGGCUUAAGUCGCUUUAGUCUGACUGCAUCGACUUCUAGAAGGUCCCAUGUCCCCUGAAUGCAGCGCACGCAUUCCAGAUUCCAAGGUGUGUCUCUGGAAGCAAAGAAGGAAAGUUUCAAUCAAGACGUCGCUAUCAGCUGGGGGAACAGCCGUUCUGUUGUCACGGUUACCACCUUCAGCGUCCUCAUUUUUUCAAUGACGUUACCUCGGAAAGGCCUGAUGAGGUGCGACCUAUGACCUCACCUUUUGUGAGAAGAUGAGUGACUCAGACCGGAAGGGUGUAAGCGCAGCACUAGCCGAUGGCCCCAGUCCAGGGUCUGGUUUUAAUGUUGGAUUUGAAUGUUGUUGUUUUUUUAAUGUCACUUUCUCCUGACUUUGAUGAAGGUGAUUGGUCAUCUGUGGACCUGUGACCAAUCACACCAUCACUCCAGUCCUCCACCUCUUCCGUUGGUUUUGUUAUAGGAAGGAAUUUUAAAGUAAGACUCGUGGGAACCAAGUCCCAGUCUUGCUCUAAAUUUGAUAGUCUCGACUUUGAAGUUUGUUCACUGGUAAAUGGAAGCACGGAAGCGAUUUCCCAAAAAAAGAGCAAGCACUGUUGUGAUGAGAGCAGCAUUUGCUUUUAUUAUGAAGGGGAGCUCCCCAUUGAUGUUUGAUUAUUUGGGAAAGACAUCUAUUUUCUUGUAAGUCCUUCAAGCAGAAGGAAAUAAAUUAUUUUUAUUGA